UCCUGUUACCACUGACAGGUAGGCUUUGGACGCCGGACUUUCGCCACAAUGUUCCCCUGAUUUGUGUUGUUUUAACUAAAGACACUUUUUGGAACAUGGCUUGCUUCGACUCAGAGUUCGACCUGUGGACGAUUCCUCUCGUGGCGCUGAACAUGAGCGUGCGCAAAAAGUUGGGUCUGUACCUCAACCCCAGGAACGCAGUGGCGGCGGACUGGAUGGCCGUGGCGGAGGCCAUGGGCUUCAAUUACCUGGAGAUCAAGAACUACGAGGCGUCCAAAAGUCCCACCGAGUCGGUCUUUGAGGACUGGCAGGCCCGCUGCGCAGACGCGACGGUCGGGAAGCUGCUGUCCAUCCUGGAGGAGGUGGAGAGGAGAGACAUCGUGGAGGAUCUGCGUCCUCUGAUGGAUGAGGAUGUCAGGAAGUAUGGUGAGAACCAGAAGAAGAAUUCAAAGCCCCCACUGCAGGUGCCGGAGGUGGACAGCUGUUUCCCUCGCACCUCAGAGAGGAUUGGCAUCACCUUGCAGGACCACCACGAGGGUGCUCCUGAGCGGUUUGAUGCCUUCAUCUGCUACUGCCAGAAGGACUUUGAGUUUGUCCGUGAGAUGAUCCGCGAGCUGGAACAGACCGAGUACAAGCUGAAGCUGUGCGUGUUCGACCGAGAUGUCCUCCCGGGCUCCUGUGUGUGGACCAUCACGAGUGAACUCAUUGAGAAAAGGUGUAAGAGGAUGGUGGUGGUGAUUUCUGAUGAAUACCUCGACAGUGAUGCCUGUGAUUUUCAGACCAAGUUUGCUCUCAGUCUCUGUCCCGGAGCUCAAAGUAAACGGCUUAUUCCAGUUAUCUACAAGCCAAUGAAGAAGCAGUUCCCCAGCAUCCUACGCUUCCUCACCAUAUGCGACUACACUCGGCCUUGCACACAGGCCUGGUUCUGGAUACGGCUGGCGAAGGUUCUCUCACUGCCAUAACCAUGGACCGGGCAGUCAAUUGUGUUUAAAGGUUCCAUUUUUUAUUCUAUUAAUGCGGGUUUGGAUAAUGACCAAAUCUUACAGGUUAAAAGUAUAUACUAUUGUGAUUGACGUCCUGUACAACAAAUACUGAGUUUAUACGAUAUAGAGUGUAUAUUAUGUUGGAAACUAUUUGUGUUUUCUAUGACACAAGUUGUGCCUGCCACUGUGGUGUAUUGGGGAGAGUAUAGGCGAACAGGAUGUGGUGGAAAGUAUUUCUGGAUAUUGUCACUAUGAAACUCAAGCUGUCCAAGGAUACCAAAUAUCAGCAAAGUUCUCACUGCACCCAGCCGUUAUUAUGUUUAAAAAAUAACACAAGUUGUGCCUGCCACUGUGUUGUAUUUAUGUGAAUAUAGGCCAAAAGGAUGAGUUUGUUUUCGGGUCAGUCUGUAAAUGCUCUAUGAUAGAUCUGUGUUUUUUUCCUUGCGCUGGCCACUUCCUCUUAUGAGUCAACUUCGAGGUGAGAUUGUAGCUUAAAAGAAAGAGAUAUUGUGAUUGUGAGUCUUCCACUUGUUCAAUUUCAAUGACUGCUGACACGUGCCUUUCUUUGUCCGUUUCAACGUCUUUACAUUUGAUUUUGUACUUUUGAUAUGGUCUUUUCAUAAUAGUUUAUUAAAGUGAAUUAAUUCUACAUUGAAUAAAUGGCCUGAAUAUUA